GAUUAUUAGGUUUUAGUCCACUUCCUGGAGACUUUAAAAAAUAUAGCCUCAAGGUAUCUGCACUUUAUCAACACAUGCUACGUCAUCCAAAAUUACUUGACACGGCAACACAAGAUAUGGUCAAUCAGAAGGCUAGAUGUUAGAUGUUUUGGAUGAUUGCUGGUAUGAUGAUGGCGGAUACAUCUGGAAGUAAUUUUAAGCUUAUGUACUUACAUAUGCUCGAGGACGUCAACACAAUAGGAUCUUACAGUUGGGGUAGUGCGACCCUAGCGUGCUUGUAUCACUAUCUUUGUAAGGCCUCACAGGCUAAGCAACAUGAGAUAGCGGGAUUCCUACCAUUACUACAGGUUUGGGCAUGGGAGAGAAUUACUGUCCUCAGGCCCCAGAUAUUAGCACAAAGGGACGCGAAUGCUGGUUUACCUAGGGGUCCACGCGCUACUAGAUGGUUUGCACAUUUUAGUUGGACCGACACUACCCAAUAUGUGUUGAAAGUUUUUAGGGAUGCACUUGAUUCCAUGACAGAGGAUCAGUUUAUUUGGGAACCAUAUUCUGAUGAAUUAAUUGAGAGCCUUCCCGAUUAUUGUCGUGUUGGACGAAAUAUAUGGCGUGCUAGAGUCACAAUAUUUUGUUGGGAUGUUGUCGAGGUUCACUUGCCUGAUCGAGUUAUGAGACGCAUUACUCGUCUUGAACUUUCAUAG